UCCGGCAAGUAACUUGGAUGGUAAAGGUUAAAGGUAGCCUUGCUCUGUUCUCUAAACAUUCACAUUGGUGCGAUAUAUCCGAGCAAAUUCUGCAUUGACCUCGCCUGCUUCAAAGUGUUUAAAGAGGAGGAAUUCAAGAAAAGCGAGAUGAAACAGCAAGACGUUACUGCUCUCUCAUCCAAGUAUUAUCAAAUCUUUGGUAUGAUACAUAGCUAGCUACUUACACGGUUUUGAACGUUUACUUGCUUGAUAACGUUAGCGAACCUCAGUUAAUGCGUUAGCUCGGUGCCACCAAAUAUAGGACAAAGUUGCAAAUCGAACCCAAACGUUAGUACAGACAAAUAAUACGAACUAGUUUUCAAGCGACUUGUUAGCUAGGUGCUGUGAAAGAAUGGGUUUUAGUUAAUAAACGAGUUAUCAACCACGCUCAAUUGAGCUUUUCAUGUGAGCACUGGAGCUUGUUUCGGUAUUUUAAUGGGAGGCGGGCUGCGUUGGAGUGCAUCUAGUGGGCGACACUUGCGGAGGUGCCGGCGACCUGCUAGGCUUGGAUGGAGUCGCUUGCCGGGUACGUCUACAAAGCGGCCGCUGAGGGCCGAGUCCUGACGCUGGCCGCCUUGUUGCUCAACCACGCCAAGCCAGAGACACGAUAUCUACUGAGUUACGUGACCCACCUCGCCGGCCAAAGGUCAACUCCUCUCAUCAUCGCAGCUCGAAACGGACAUGACAAAGUUGUGAGGCUGCUGCUGGAUCACUACAGGGUGGAUACUGAACAAACUGGCACAGUCAGAUUUGAUGGGUAUGUCAUUGAUGGGGCCACUGCUCUGUGGUGUGCAGCUGGCGCAGGACACUUUGAGGUAGUCCGCCAGUUGGUGUGCCACCAGGCCAAAGUCAACCACACCACUGUCACCAACUCCACCCCCCUGAGGGCAGCCUGCUUUGACGGGUGUCUGGACAUUGUGAAAUACCUGGUGGACCACCAGGCCAAAAUCGGCAUCGCCAACAAGUACGACAACACCUGCCUGAUGAUUGCUGCCUACAAGGGCCAUACGGACGUAGUGGGCUUCCUGCUGGAGCAUGGAGCUGACCCCAACUCCAAGGCCCACUGUGGGGCCACCGCCCUGCACUUUGCUGCUGAGGCGGGCCACCUGGACAUCGUUAAGGAGCUGGUGCGCUGCCAGGCUGCCAUGGUGGUGAACAGCCACGGCAUGACACCGAUCAAGGUGGCGGCGGAGAGCUGCAAGGCGGAGGUGGUGGAGCUGCUGCUGUCUCAUGCCGACUGUGGCCCCCACAGCCGCAUCGAGGCCCUUGAGCUGCUGGGUGCCUCGUUCGCCAAUGACCGGGAGAACUAUGACAUCCUCAAGACCUACCACUACCUGUACCUGGCCAUGUUGGAGCGCCACCGCAAUCCCGUCACGCUCAUCGCCAAGGAGCUGCUUCCGCCCAUCGAGGCCUACAGCGGCCGGUGCGAGUGCCGCACCCUGCAGGAGCUGGAGGCAAUCCGGGCAGACCGCAACGCGCUGCACAUGGAGGGCCUGAUGGUGCGUGAGCGUAUCCUGGGCUCGGAUAACAUAGACGUGUCGCACCCCAUCAUCUACCGGGGAGCUGUGUACGCCGACAAUAUGGAGUUCGACCAGUGCAUCAAGCUGUGGCUGCACGCGCUGCACCUGCGUCAGAAGGGCAACCGCAACACGCACAAGGACCUGCUGCGCUUCGCUCAGGUCUUCUCCCAGAUGGUGCACCUGAAGGAGCCGGUGGGGGCGGAGCCAGUGGAGCAGGUGUUACACUGCAGCGUGCUAGAGAUCCAGAGGAACAUCGCAAGGAUGGAGGCGGCGCCUGAGGCCGAGCUGCACACGGCCAUGGACAACUGCGAGUCCAAUAUGUUCACCUUCCUCUACCUGGUGUGCAUCAGCACCAAGACUGUGUGCGGCGAGGACGCACGUGCCCAUGUCAACGAGCAGAUAUACAACCUGAUCCAGCUGGACCCGCGUUCACGGGAGGGCUUGUCCCUGUUGCACCUGGCCAUCAGCUCCAGCACGCCUGUGGACGACUUCCACACCAACGACGUGUGCAGCUUCCCCAACGCUCAGGUCACCAAGCUGCUGCUGGACUGCGGUGCGCAAGUGAACGCGGUGGACCACGAGGGCAACAGUCCUCUGCACAUCAUCGUCCAGUACAACCGGCCUAUCAGCGACUUCCUGACACUGCACGCCAUCAUCAUCAGCCUGGUGGAGGCGGGCGCCCACACUGACAUGACCAACAAGCAGAAGAAGACGCCACUGGACAAGAGCACCACAGGUGUGUCGGAGAUCCUGCUCAAGACCCAGAUGAAGAUGAGCCUCAAGUGCCUGGCGGCACGUGCCGUGCGUCAGCACCAAAUCACCUUCCGCAACCAGAUCCCUAAGACCCUGGAGGAGUUUGUGGCGUUCCACUGAUCCACCUGGUCAAGGAGGAUUUUUAAACCAUUAGACAACUUGUGUUCUAGUCAUUUUUUUAUAUAUAUUUUUUAUUGUUUGAAUUUUCUAUUAAAUCAAAAUGGUGCUUGCUGCUGAUGAUGAUUAGGAACAGUCGGAUGCAUUUUGUGUUUUAAAACAAUGGUUCCUUUUUUCUGUUUUAAGUAUGAAUCACAAGUACCAGCAGCAUCACCCAUAUUCUCAUUCUCCCAUAUCUCUCCCACUGAAGUGUUACGGUCUGUGGCUGUAAUUGUGACACAGUGGGUGUCAAUAGCAGAAUGAGGAAAUUGUUAGCCUGCUUUGAGCUUUCACUUUCCCAGAGUGUUCCAAAGAGACUACCUGGCAAAGCCAAGCAUCCACACAAUGGUGACAACAGCAGGACCUUUUGGCUGCUUCUAGUGCAUGGACCCAAUUGUCCCAGACUCCCAGCUAGGUUCGCAACCAUGAAAAGUAGCAUUACUCUAUUGAUUAAUUUUGCAGGUUGCCUGUUGAAGUGGUGUUGUAUGCAGGUUUGCAAUGAUUAUUAAGGCCCGUUGUUUGAGCAAGUGAGUGUGUGUCCGUGAGAGAAGAGGAGAUGAGAAGGUAGUAGUUGAAUUUAGAACUUUGUACUUAAGAGUUUGUGUUUUCAUAACCAAUAUAAAAAAAGGUUUAAGAGGUGUGUGAUUUUUGUUUUGUACUUAAAAAUAUAUGUAUAAUGAGCU